AUGCAAACAACACCGCCAUUCUCGCAAAAUCACUCAAAUCCUCUCUUAAUGAAAGAUGAUGUAGGCAAGUCCAAACCCUCAACAUACAAUCUCCCUAAUCAAGGCUUCGUCUAUGGAUAACCUUUGGCAAGGGAUAAAGAAGGAGCCAAAGAAGGUAAAUAACAAUCUUUUACUCAGUUACCAUGACUUGGAAAUUCCACCAAGAAUCCCAAGACAAAGUACCCAACAGAGAUUUCGCUGAAUUAAACAAAUAGUCCAUUCAUAAUGGGUCUGUCAAAGCACAUGUAACUGUACAUUCUAUUCAGGAUAUGUACAAAUUUAGAUAGACACACGAUGCCAGAUUAAAACUUAAAAAGGGUACCAACAUACAGGCUAUAGAAUUGCCAGAAGAAGAAUUCAGGUAUGGUCGUAAAAAUAGGUUCAUUUCAAAUUAUUAACAUUAGACCAUCAACACCCAUGAAAUUGGUUAUGGGUAACUCUUAUGGAAUCGAAGCAGAAUCCACCAUAUUAGAGAAAUACUAAGUUAGAGCAAACUCAUAAGUAUCCUAUAAUCUAAAUAAAGGAUUCCAAACUAUCCUCGUCAAUAGUAAAGAGUAACAAGGCAUCUUAAUUGUUUUACGAUACAAAUCAUAAAAAAUUAGCAGCUAUUCAAGGAGUAGAGAAAAAGGAACCAUUUAAAAUGGAAAAGUUCAAAACUGUAAAUUCCAAAAUCAAUACCAAUUUAUAAACUAAAAAAUGA